GUGGAAGCUGCCAAUGUCGUCAACGAGGCCCUACAAGGCUACAAAGUACGAAGUACACACAGGCUCGUCAAGCACAAGAAGGACUUGCCCGCGUCCAGCUUGUACCUCGGCUCGUAGAGCCCCUGCCUAGGUUGUCUACAGUUGCAUCCACAACAACCGCGCUGUCACAGGGCCCGGGAAAAGGAUGCCUAUCCCGGAUGGCAGGCACGACAGCGGACGGGAUUGAGCAGCGAAAGGCCCGACGGGCUUUUGGCGCCUCAUUAUACCUUGAGCACACGAGCUCCGUUCCUUCUUCACGACGACUCCCAUACACCGCAGAGCCCUGCAGCUUGCGCAACUCCCCCUAAUAACCCUUCACAUUUCCGCGCCACCUCAUCACCCCACACAUUCCGGGGCCAACAUACCGACGUCGACUGCUAGUACUAGAGCAAAGACAUCUACGCAGCGAGGCUCAACGCAGAACCCGUCCGUCUGUCGCUACCCGCGGCGCAGCAAUCGCAUUCACCGGCACCGCCGCCAUGGUGUCCAAUAAGGAGCCCGUCAUCAUCGUGGGCGCCGGGCUCGCUGGGCUCGUGGCCGCGUUCGAGCUGCAGGAGAAGAACGUCCCGGUCGUCUUCGUCGAACAGGAGAACGAGAACAACCUGGGCGGGCAGGCCUUUUGGUCGCUCGGGGGCCUCUUCUGCGUCGACUCGACCGAGCAGCGGCGCAUGGGCGUCAAGGACUCGCGCGAACUGGCCUGGCGCGACUGGCAGGGAUCCGCGGCCUUUGACCGCGACGACGACGACGUCUGGCCGCGCCGCUGGGCGCGCGCAUUCGUCGACUUCGCCACGGACGAGAUGGAGACGUACGUCAAGGCGCGCGGCAUGGGCUUCAUGGCCAACGUCGGCUGGGCCGAGCGCGGCGACGGCACCGCCAACGGCCAUGGCAACUCGGUGCCGAGGUUCCAUCUGACCUGGGGCACCGGCCCGGAGGUGGUUCGCGUCUUCGCCGAGCCCGUCAAGAAGGCGGCGGACAGGGGUCUCGUGCAGUUCCGGUGGCGGCACGUCGUCGACGAGGUCAUCGUCGACGAGGCCUCGGGCCGCGCCGUCGGCGUCAGGGGCCGCGUGCUCGAACCCGACGACGCAGCACGGGGUGUCAAGUCGUCGCGCGUCGAGGUCGACCGCUUCGAGCUGCGCGGCGCCGCCGUGCUCGUCUCGUCCGGUGGCAUCGGCGGCAACCUGGAUGCCGUCAAGGCUGCCUGGCCCGUCGACAAGCUGGGCCCCAAGGUGCCCGAGCACUUCGUCAUCGGCGUCCCCGCGCACGUCGACGGCCGCAUGCUCGGCAUCACGGAGAAGGCAGGCGCGCACGUCAUCAACCGCGACCGCAUGUGGCACUACACCGAGGGCCUCCAGAACUGGAACCCCAUCUGGCCCGGCCACGGUAUCCGCGUCCUGCCUGCGCCGUCGUCUUUGUGGCUCGACGCCACGGGGAAGCGGCUGCCCCCGUUUCUGUUCCCGGGCACCGACACGCGCGGCACGCUCAAGUACAUCUGCAGCACCGGGUACGACUACACGUGGUUCAUCCUCGACCAGUCCAUCAUCGCCCGCGAGUUCGCCCUGUCGGGCUCCGAGCAGAACCCCGACAUCACGGGCAAGAGCAUCUGGAUGCUACUGACGCGCAUCUUCGGCUCCAAGGGCACCGUCCCCGUCCAGAACUUCCAGAAGCACGGCAAGGACUUUGUCGUCCGCGACACGCUCGAGGAGCUAGUCGAGGGCAUGAACAAGCUCGCCGCCGAGCGCAACGGCCCGGCCCUCGACCUGGCCCAGAUCCGGGACGUGGUCGAGGCCCGCGACGCUCAGAUGAACAGCGUCUACUCCAAGGACGCCCAGGCCAUGCUCAUCAACAACGCGCGGUCGUACUGGCCCGACAAGCUCAGCCGCGUCGCCAAGCCCCAUCGCCUCCUCGACAAGGGCAACAACGGCCCGCUCAUCGCCGUGCGCAUGAACCUGCUGACGCGCAAGUCGCUGGGCGGCAUCGAGACGAACCUCAGCAGCAACGUCAUGCGUGCCGACGGGACGCCCUUUCCCGGUCUGUACGCCGCGGGUGAGGUGGCUGGCUUCGGCGGCGGCGGCGUGCACGGAUACAACUCUCUAGAGGGGACGUUCGUGGGCGGCUGCAUCUUUUCGGGGCGCGCGGCGGGAAGAGGCAUCGCCGACGAAGUAUCCAAGGCCUAGAAAUUGUGCCUCAACUGGUUGUCACUUGCUCCUCGAAUAGUCCUAGUCAGUGAUUUUACCCUACACCCUACAUGUGUAUAUAUCUUUUUCCGAAAGCUCCAGUACAGUCGACGUUCAAUAUCAAUCCUGCU